CAAUAAUGCAUCAGUGCUGCGUACUUGGAUGUAGAAAUGCAGGGCAUCAUAUGUUUCCGAGAGAUCAACAUUUACGAAAACUAUGGGAAGCGGUCAUACCCACACGUCAUAACGUGUUUGCAGCAAAGAAAACCACAAAAAUAUGUGCGGCACAUUUUAAAUCCGAAGAUUUCAUUCAGGUUGGAAGGUUUUCAGGAUUAGUGAACACCAGGCGCAUUUUGAAGAAGGGAAUAGUGCCUUCCGUCUUCCAGUGCACCAAAACGACAAAUUUAAAAUCUAAGCAAACGCCAGAACGGGCUGGAGCGGGUAUGGUUACAUUGGAACUGGAAGUAUUGAAUAAGGAAGUACCCGUGACAGAGGUGCCCCCGUGUCAAGACUUAGUCAGUGACCAUGCUGCCAGCCUGUACGACGUCCAUGUGGCCAAAGAUGAGGAUGGUUAG